CGUCACAAUUAAACAGUCUUUUAUCACAAAUAUCACCAAUAUCAUGCGAAAAAUUAUUGAAAAACCAACUUAAAUUACCUUUGCUUCGUUCGAUACUUCUUACAUCGGCAUGUGCAAGAAUUCAGGGCGCAAACGAUAUUUCCAUAUUUGGUGAAAUGAUUAGAGAAUUGGCACUUCAAAUUUCAAUGCUAAAUGCUGAAACUAGGGAGCCACAAUCUACUACUAUUGAGGUUACUAUAACAACUUCUGAUACAGAUCAAAAAAUUAAUGAUGCAUCGCCGAACGAAUUUUUAUUAUCUGAAGAGCUUACUAAACCAGUAACAGUAUUAGAUGAUGACACUCAGAAUGGUGACAUUGAAAGUUCACAUCCUCUAACUCCUUCUUCGCC